AUGCUCCUGGGGAUCCUCGUGGUGCUCUGCUUCAUCCCCACUGCUGAUGUAACAGAAAACAGGAUUCUAGUGUCUCAGCGUACUUUGCUCACUGUAGUAAACAAAACUGCAACUCUAGUUUGCAACUACACAUACAAUGGAACAGGGAAGGAAUUUCGAGCUUCACUGCGCAAAGGAACAGACAGUGCCGUUGAAGUUUGCUCUAUUUCAUGGAACUUAACCGAAACCAUCAGCAGUUCAAAUAACGAAUUCAACUGUCAGGGGUUUAAUGACAAAGACAAAGUCAUCUUCAAUCUUUGGAACAUGAGUGCCAACCAAACUGACAUCUACUUCUGCAAAAUUGAGGCCAUGUAUCCACCCCCAUAUGUCUACAAUGAGAAGAGCAAUGGGACUGUCAUUCAUGUGCAAGAGGUACCCAUCCAAACACAAGAGCCUCAGUCUGCAAUUCCUUUGUGGAUUAUGGCAACAGUGACUGGAGUUCUUACUUUCUACAGUAUGCUAGUAACUGGAGUUUUUAUUAACUACUGGCAAAAAUCCAAAAAGAAUGUGUAUCAUCAGAGUGACUACAUGAACAUGACUCCACGGCAUCCACCAUACCAGAAGAACAAGGGUUACCCAUCCUAUGCACCAACACGAGACUACACGGCCUAUCGGUCCUGGCAGCCCUGA